UCCGCAUAACAAUACUAUAGUUCGCUCCCCGAUGUGGAGAGAGAGUUGACUAAUGUUUUGGCGCGGAAUUACUGGUUUUGCUCAAAUCGGAGCACGUUCUUUACCUAAGGUUGUUCAAAGAAGAGGCGGCCUUCAGUUUGCCGCAGUUUUGAAUAGAUGUGCGCGUUAUUUCGCCAGCGAAGCCGUCCCAGACAAUGAAAUAUCGACUCUUCGUCUGUGGAGUGAUGGUGGCGGGGAAGAAGUUGAGUCGAAUCCCUUUGACGAUUUAGGCGCUUGGCACGACGCUGAAGCGAAAUCCUUCCUUAACAAUGUUUCAGUGGACACUGUUGGUAAAAGUACAACCAUAGGACAUCGACAGGCGAACGAAGACAGUUUUAAACUUGUAGAAUUACAGCCAGAUUUACACUACUACGCUGUAUUCGAUGGACACGGCGGGUCGGUAGCUGUGGACUUUGUAAGCGAUCACCUUCACGAAUGUAUCACUCACUUUUACAACCGGGAUAAAAGCAUCGAAAGUGUGUUAAUCGAUGCUUUCGCAAAAUGUAACAGUGAUUUGGAAGAGUAUUGUAAAUGGUUAAUAGCAGAAGGGCAUAAUGAGAAUGUUCUUCAUUGUGGUACUACAGCGACUGUAGCUCUGUUACAGGAUGGUACUGAUCUGACAGUGGCAAGUGUUGGCGACAGUGGUGCUCUGAUUUGCAGACUGGCAGAAGCUGUUUCGCUAGCAAAUGCACAUCACCCGACAAGAGAGGAAGAACAUCAAAGAAUAAACUUAUUCAAUGGCUGGAUCGAUUGGGGAUUAAAUUCUCCCAAAGUUAAUGGCAGACUGGCAAUGACACGUUCGAUCGGUGACUUUCAUUUAAAGCCUUAUGGAGUCAUUGCCACUCCUGAAAUUCAGCAUCUCAAACUGGACCAUAAGACAGAUUCUUUUAUUGUUCUACACACUGAUGGUGUGUCGCACGUCAUGUCGGACAAGGAAAUAACAGAUGUAGUCCGGACUUGUCCUGAUGCUGAGCAUGCUGCCAAUGUAUUGACUAGUUGUGCCAUUCAGUAUGGGUCUGAGGACAAUGUCACAGCAGUCGUGGUUCCCCUGAGAUUAUGGCCUAAAAACAACAAACAGUGGGUAAAGAAGGAACACAGUUUGAUAAAGAAUGUGAGAAUUAAUUAUGUGUAAAGAUUAUUUUUGUUGCUGGGAUGUAAUAUAUUUUUUGGUUUUUCUAUUUUGGUUUAUAUUUUAGUUCUUAGUUCAAAAUACUAAUUCUCCCUACUGGCUCCACUGAUUUCUUUUAAUUAGUUUCAGGGAUUUUGUAUUACAUCACCAAUAUUCCAAAGAUCUCAGGUUUCAAUAGUGUGGUGCACUGGCUUGUGACCAUGGUCUGUGUACUGUAUGGUUAUUUACCAGCUCACUUGAUGGCCCACUUAAAGUUUACACAAAGACAUGGUGGUUUCUUUUGUCUUUAGCAACUAACCAAAGAAACAUUUUGGUUAUGUAAUUCAUGCACAGCUUAUCAUGAUCAGUGCUAACCAAAGAUUUUUUGCACGGUCAUCAAUCUUCUAACAUAUUUACCUUAAGUUAUAUUGUUCUGCACCUUUGAAGUUUGCUGGGCUUCAUAACCAUCCUCGUUUGGUCACUCUGAAUAUACUGUCACAAAAUUUGCCUCAGAAGGCAAAAUAACCCAUAUUUUACUCUUGAUUAUGCAGUAACUCUAUGCAGUAAAUAUUGAGUUCAGUGGUGACUGACAACAGUGCAGGCACAUUUAAAUAAAAAAAUUGUGAGAUCUAAGCAAUUUGCCGGGCAAAGAAAAGCGAUGAUGUGAGUGGUCAAAAUUUAAAAUAAUAAUUAGAAAAAAAAAAUCCAUACUCCUUUACUUUUGUGAGCAAUUCAGUUGAGCAACUGAGGAAAUCACAAAAACUACUCUUCAUCAAUGGACAUACAUUGAAUCGCAUUAUUUCCUUAUUGUAUAUUAUAUUUAUUUCAUUUUAGAGUAAUUUGCUUUAUUUUUAUAUGUAAAUGUUGAGUGCUCUGAACACACCAUUAAUCAGGGUCUUAGCCAGAAAAAAAUAUGACUGAGGCAAAAUCCUUGAUUAAAUUUUCUUCCUAGGUAUUUAGCAGUCUUUUGCCUUCCCCCUUCAACAGCAAAAAAA